AUGACCAAGUUUGCACACGGCCUGCUCGGCUCUGUCGUCCCGCAUCUGAAGGCCUUCGUCUCUAUCACCGGACCUCCAGAACGUGAAGAAAUCAUCAUUGCUCGCCAGCAUGGCGUGCCUCUCGUUGAGCUCUGGCCUACUCUCAGUUCCGCACAGCGUGCAACAGUGAAGAACAACCUCGUAUCGCUGAUUAUUUCGAUGCGCACAAGCGACGAAUGCUUGCGCUACUAUGGCCGUCCAGGCGGGCAGCCGUACAUCACUCAACCUGAAUUUGGACCCAACGACAAACAUGAUGUCUGCCAUACUCGCUCAGAUUGGAACGCGUCACGUGUGCGUGCCCUUCGCUCCUCGGCCUCGGAUGCUGAGAUAGAUGAGGAUCGCAUAAGGGUCCUGGAGCGCGUUCAGUACGAGACAGGCGUCGAGGCAGUGCUUGUAGAACGCUCCACUCUGACACACGGAGACCUUUCCCACCGCAACAUUCUUCUCGAUCCCUCGACUCUCGAAAUAACAGGUUUGAUCGACUGGGAGUCGGGCAAUGUCGCUCCGGCGUAUCUUGAGUAUACCAUGGCACGCUUAUCUGGUGGACAUGAUCCGGAAUGGAGAAGGGAGCUUCUGGAAAUUCUCAGGGACGUUCUGUGUGUCGAGUGCGAGCGCGGGGUCAGACAACGUGGUGAGACCGACAGCUCGCAGGCCACGGCCAAGAGAAGCGAUGAGCUGUUCAGUGAGACACUAGCUGCGUGGAACGCACUCGUCGACGUGGAGCGGCCUGCAAAUGGCUACUCCGAUGAUGGCUAUUGGACCUUUGAGGACGAGGACUCCCUUCCUGUACUGGCAAGCACUUCGACAGAUGACCAUACCACACAUGACAAGGGUUCCGGACGCAUGGCAGAAUUAGCAUAA